UUACCCGAGAAAUUUUCCCUUUUUUCUGAAAUGAAUAAAAGAGAUAAAAUAAAUAAAUAUCCCUUACUUCUUUUUUACAGGAAUAAAUAGUAAUUAAAUAUCCUUUACUUGAACAAACAACAAUCAUCCAUAAUCAUUUUCUAUAUUAAAAUCAAGCUACUACUUUUAAUAUUGCAAUAAAUUUUGGAAUAAAGAAAACCCAAAAGUCACUCUUCUGUUGGAGAUUUUUCUGGUAUUUUUACUCUGAAUUUAUUGAAACAAAUUUAAAACCCAAAAAUCUCCACUUUUUCAUCUUCUUCAAUCCUCAAUUUUUCCUUCAGAGAAAAAAAAAAUGUCGAAACAAACAUACAAAGUGUGUUUUUGUUGCAGAAGAAGAUUCAAGCUUGCAGUAUCUGAAGCUCCUCAAGAAAUUAAGACCCUGUUUGGCAAAUACUCUGAAAAUGGAGUUAUGAGUGCCACUCAUCUUCAUCGUUUUUUAGUUGAAGAACAAAAAGAGAUUAAAGCAACUGUUCAAGAUGCUCAGGCUAUAAUUGACAAUAUUAGACAUCUAAUUGUAUUUCAUAAGUCUGGCCUUAAUCUUGAAGGGUUUUUUAAGUAUCUUUUUGGAGAUCUUAAUCCUCCACUUCCUCCUAAAACUGAGGCUCACCAAGAUAUGAAUGCUCCACUGUCACACUAUUUCAUAUAUACUGGUCACAAUUCUUAUCUUACUGGAAAUCAACUAACCAGUGACUGUAGUGAUGUUCCUAUCAUACAUGCACUGCAAAAGUCUGUGAGAGUGAUUGAGUUGGAUAUAUGGCCCAAUUCUAAUAAAGACAAUGUUGAUGUUCUUCACGGAGGGACAAUGACUUCGCCUGUUGAGCUCAUUAAAUGUUUGAAGUCCAUCAAGGAACAUGCCUUUUCUGUAUCCAACUAUCCUGUUGUGAUAACUCUUGAAGAUCACCUUACUGCCGAUCUUCAAGCUAAAACUGCUGAGAUGAUCACUCAAACAUUUGGAGAAACACUAUUUUUACCGGAUUCAGAAUGCUUUAGGGAAUUGCCAUCCCCUGAAUCACUAAAGAAACGUGUCAUGAUAUCGACUAAACCGCCAGUGGAAUAUCGUGAAGCUAAAGAUUCAAAGGAAGAUUCACUGAAGAUUAACAAAGAUUCCGGAGAUGAGGAAGCUUGGGGAAAGGAACUCCGUAGUCUUCAUUCUCACUAUGGCAGUCAUAAGCAUGACAAUUCGGACGAUGGAGAUGAUAACGAGGACGAGGAAGAUGAUAAUGAUGAUGUUAACAAGUCAAAAAAGUUUGAGGCACCAGAAUACACGCGUCUUAUUGCUAUUCAUGCCGGAAAACCCAAAGGUGGUCUAAGCGCAGCACUUAAGGUGGAUCCUGAUAAGGUGAGACGUCUUAGCUUGAGUGAACCACAGCUUGAGAAGCUAGCAGCUGAUCGCGGGCAGGAGAUUGUCAGAUUUACUCAGAAGAAUAUGCUUAGGAUCUACCCUAAGGGAACACGAAUUACCUCAUCGAAUUACAACCCUCUUAUUGCAUGGAUGCAUGGAGCUCAGAUGGUUGCAUUUAACAUGCAGGGAUAUGGAAGAUCCCUGUGGCUGAUGCAAGGAAUGUUUAGAGCUAAUGGUGGAUGUGGUUAUGUAAAAAAACCAAACUUUCUUUUGAAUAGUGGUCCUAACGGUGAGGUCUUUGAUCCUAAAGUUAAACUUCCAGUGAAGAAGACUUUGAAGGUGACUGUAUAUAUGGGUGAAGGAUGGUAUUAUGAUUUCAAACACACCCAUUUUGAUCAAUUUUCCCCACCUGAUUUUUAUGUCAGGGUUGGGAUUGCGGGAGUGGCAGCUGAUACUGUGAUGAAGAAAACAAAAACACUUGAAGAUAACUGGAUACCGGCCUGGAAUGAAGAGUUCGAAUUCCCAUUGAGUGUUCCUGAACUUGCACUCCUUAGGAUUGAAGUUCAUGAGUAUGACAUGUCCGAGAAAGAUGAUUUUGGAGGUCAAACAUGUUUGCCUGUUUGGGAGCUCAGAGAAGGUAUCCGUUCUAUUCCACUAUUUAGUCGUGAGGGAGUCAAGUACAAAUCAGUCAAGCUUCUGAUGCACUUCCAAUUUGUUUGAUUGAAUUAGUCCAUUUGCUUUGUAUCAUUAGCUUCUCCCGGUUGGUGUGUUGUAUUGCUUUGUCGUUGUGUGUGAAACGCGAUAAGCCAUUGGAUUAAUGAAGUAAUAAGGCAUGCAGUUUAGAGUGUGCAGUCUGCAUGACUGCACUAUGUGCAGUCUGCAUGACUGCGCUAUGUGCAGAUGGUUAAGAGUGAUGUUGGUGGCUAUGGUUUUGUCAAUGUGUAAAUAUGUUAUUCAUUUUGAGUGUCACAAUGAGAUUAUAACCUUUAUAUAUUCAUCUAUCUAUUUCUUUGGUCUCCA